GUUUGCUGUAAGCCUCCUCUAAGCUGCAAACAGGAAGCUUCUCCGGCACAUCGACUAUGGCGUCCCAGCAGUGGGUUCAUUUCCUAUGGAGGUUGGCAGCAGCACAAUCGACGGCUGAGAGGUAAACGCACCGCCUCUUUCCUUCGUUUCCUCCCUCCUUUACCAAGCACCAGGACGGACGUUUGCAUGUCGCAGACAUUGCGCACUCUUGACGGAACCGAAACCCGCUGCUGUUUUCACAAAUAAGCCUGGCACACAAGAAAAAAAAAAAAAAAACGAGCAUAGGAGGCUUCUUUCCUAUCUGCCAAGAGUCGCUAUAAUAUUAAGGGGCCGUUUUGUUGCUUUUGGAGACGACUGCUUUCCGGUACCGUUGUUGCUCGGCCGGGCACGGAAGGAACAUGGAUGGGCUUAAGCCUGCCUGAAAUAACCCCACAAACAUUCAUCUCACUCGGUUGACUGGACGUGCUUCCCAACCCCCUCCUAAAUCCAAUUCAGGAAACCUAUCUUCACGUUCACCUCCUGCCGCUGCUGAGGUUCAUCCAUCAAGACGGCGUCAACACCGGGAGCCAGCUCUGUGGCGGCAAAGAUGACCGCGGCACGGUACCGUCCCACAUGGGAGCUGGCAAUGGACCCUCUGGUCUCAUGUAAGCUGUGCCUUGGAGAGUUCCCCCUUGAGCAGAUGACCACCAUCACACAGUGCCAAUGUGUCUUCUGUACACUGUGCCUGAAGCAGUAUGUGGAACUUUUGAUCAAAGAAGGCCUUGAAACUGCAAUUAGUUGUCCAGACUCUGCCUGUCCAAAAAGAGGACACUUACAGGAAAAUGAGAUUGAGUGCAUGGUAGCCACAGAUAUGAUGCAGAGAUACAAGAAGCUUCAGUUUGAAAGAGAGGUGCUGCUGGACCCUUGCCGGACGUGGUGCCCCUCCUCGACCUGCCAGGCUGUGUGCCAAUUAAAGGAAGCCGAUUCUCAAGCUCUGCCCCAGCUGGUGCAGUGUGCCGUUUGCGCGCAUGAAUUUUGUUCAACAUGCAAAGCCAACUGGCACCCUGGUCAGGCCUGCUCAGAGAACAACCUUCCCAUCUCCUCUUUCCUGCCAGGGGAAAACAGCUCUUUCUAUAAGAACGAUGAGAACGACGCCCCCAUCAAACGCUGUCCUAAAUGCAAAGUUUACAUCGAGAGGGACGAGGGUUGUGCACAGAUGAUGUGCAAGAACUGCAAGCAUGCCUUCUGCUGGUACUGUCUGGAAUCCCUCGAUGACGACUUCCUCCUGAUUCACUACGACAAAGGGCCUUGUCGAAACAAACUGGGCCACUCCAGGGCGUCCGUGAUCUGGCACAGAACACAGGUGGUGGGGAUCUUUGCCGGAUUUGGCCUACUCCUGCUGGUUGCCUCCCCUUUCCUCCUCCUGGCCACACCCAUCGUCCUGUGCUGCAAGUGCAAGUGCAGCAAAGGUGACGACGACCCUCUGCCCACUUAAACGCCACCGACAAGAGCCGCCGGUGUGGGAAAAACCGCUCAAAGGAUGGCCCAUCUUCAUUUUUGCUCUUUUCAUGCUAUUUUUGUUCCUCUCCUCCCAACCGGCUUUGAGCGCAAAUUUUUCUGGGGCUGAGCUUGCACGAAGCCCAGGCUGCUUUGGGAUCCAUCGCUCUGCAUGGUAGAUAAGUGAGUUGACAGUAUGGCCCUCCCUGAAGAGAGGGGUGCAGGGUCCAAACCCAUCACGGGUCAGUGGUAAAGUCAGAGCCACUUUAAGUGCUUUUCUGUCGGUGGGAUAUCACAAACACUGAGAUAACGUUUCUCUUGUAUGGAGAAUAAACUGCUCUUGACCCCGUUUGCCUCCCGCCAAAACACCUGAUGUAGCUCUACAGGUUCAGUCCAGUAGCAUUAGAGGCACACCACGCAUGUUCGGUGUUCACUCGAUUUGCACAUAUCAACAUGGCUUUUCAUGUUGGCGGCCGAGGUAGAGACUACUGCGCUCAGCUCAGUACAACGCGUCCCCUCCAAUGAUGUCAUUGUUUUAUAACCUUGCGCUUUUAAUAGAACUGAGUCGUGUCUACUGUAUAUACUAUCUUGUACUUUUAAGCGUUUCCAAACCUUUAAGGAACCGGGGAUUGCAGCUCCAAUGUGCAUGUACGUAUUUCCAAAUUCAGUGCCGAUUUAAAAGCCGAUCGGAGGACUUUCUCAAAGAGAUGCCUCUCCUUUGAUACACCCCCAAAGUGGCGGUUUAGCCAAAACAGAAACAGAUAGCCUUAGGAUUGAGAAUAGCCAAAAGCAGCCAUUUCCCCCUCAUGUGGUAAAUCCAAAUAUAUAAUCCCAGGGAAAAUGUGUAUAAAGACCUUUCGAUGUGUCAGUCAAGCUACGUGUUCUGAUGAUUCUAUGAUGUCAUUCAUAUGUCACUGUUAAUAGCUAUACUCGUUUUAGGGAGGGAAAAUAAAAAGUUGUGUAAUUCUAAAGGCCUUUAUUUCUUAAAGGGGAAGUUCAGAAUUUUUGACUUUAAGCUUAAUUUCCAAGAUAGCACGGAUUUAAUUUGUCGGUGGAGUUGGUUUCAACAAAUUCCAUGCAGUGUUGGUCAUGGCAGGGCUCGGAAGUGUCUAAGCUAGCCAGUGGCACCACCAGGGGGUAGCCAGGGGUGGCCGUGGCCACCCCUAUAAAUUGGUUGGCCACCCCACUGGCCACCCCGCUUGCCAAUAGACCGUUUGAUUGUUGUAGCAUCAGUUAUGCAUUUAUUUUGUUUUGUUAAAUGUAGGGCUGUCAAAUUUAUCGCGUUAACGGGCAGUAAUUAAUUUUUUUAAAUUAAUCACGUGAAAAUAUUUAUCGCAACUAACUCGACUCAUUCACGCAUUGCCACAAACAGCCUACAAUGGCGCUGUUUUACAUAUAUACAGGGAUAAGAGGCAGAGUCGAGUAGAUACAAGCAUUCAUUGGGGCCGUGCUUUUAAUUGGCAAAAGCUUUGUCAUCUCUCCCACAGCAACUAUAAAUAUUGUGGGAAGCAACAUGGGGAAGAAUGACAGAAGUUGAUCUUUUUCUUAACACCCUGUGGUUUACCCAACGCAGAGAAGAUAUAGCGUAUAGCGUGCAGCCACCACACACAGUCAUGGUUGCACCACUUUCCAUCAUGCAUUUGGGCAGAACAGUUGAGUCACGACAGUAUCAUUUACUGAAAGCUCAACA